CCGGAAGAUGAACAAAUAAGGAUUAUUCCUGGACAUUCUUGGCGGCGUCCCUCGGUCCCAGAAUAAGCACUGGGAAGCCUACAUCCUCGUCGCUUCUGCUUCUGCAGUGAGCCUGAGGGACGAGCCGACUAGAUUGUGAUGAUCACAACAGUGAAAUCUGUGACAGCGUCGGACCACCUGCCAUCUGGAGAAGUAGGACAAGCGACCAGAUGGCGCCUUCGGGUCGCUCGGUGCGAACACUAACCGCCCGCGGGAGAUAGGUAACGAUCGGGAACCGCUCGCGCAUUGAAUAUCAUUUUGGACGUUGUCGUAUAUGUUCGGAUGAUACACGCGAAACACAGGGAUUCACUUUGGUCGUGAUUCCACCGAGCAGGACGACUUAAUCCUCUGUGACGUGCCAGCGAGUCCGUGAACAAUGGUAGACAACCGCUACGCCACAGCGUUGGUCAUCGCCUGCGUGCUGAGCCUCCUGGCAACCGUGUAUCUGUCGGUCGCUAUCGGGACGCAGCACUGGUACCAGUACAGCAGCCCCGCGGUCCACGGAGAGGCCAACGUGUCUGACCUGCGCUCCAUGUAUGAGGAGUUCAUGGAAGGAGAGUUCGAUGAGAAGACUUACAGCGACACUUUGUUCCGACUCAACGGCACUGUGGGCCUGUGGUGGAGGUGUGUCCUUGUUCCUGCUGGUCCUCAGUGGUACAAAGAUGAAGAGUCCAAAAUGGUCUUGGAAUGCCGGAGCUUCACUCUACCUCAACAGCUGACUCCUAAGUACAAAGAGCCAGGUAACCAUAACAGCGGGGAGGACAUGCUGCGGACAUACCUGUGGCGGUGCCAGUUUCUUCUCCCACUGGCUUCUUUGGUACUGGUCGUCCUGGCAGGUUUGACUGGGUUCUGUGCUUGCCUCUGUGGAAGCCUCACCCCCACACUUGGCAUCGGAAUACUUCACUUACUGGCAGGUAUUUGUUCCUUAGCCACGGUGUGCUGCUACCUGGCAGGGACAGACCUGCUCCAUAGGGUCUCCAUGCUGCCAGAGAAGGUGGACGGCUCGCUGGGCUGGUCCCUCUAUUUGGCGCUCAUCUCCUCGCCCCUGCAUAUGAUGGCAGCCGCUCUAUUAAUGUGGGCAGCACGCAGCCACAGCCAGAACUAUUACAGGAUGACAGCCUACCGGGUGGCAUAGACCUGGCCACUCUGGUACCACAAUGCUUUCUGUUAUGGCCUCAGAGGAGGAGAAUUGUGGGUCAGUCUCCCCUAAAGGAUUAAAGUGUGUGUGUCCUCUAUAGCGACAACCCGGACCAGAUGUUUUUAAUCUAGCAAAGAUUGUGGAAUUAGAUUGAAGACGGUCUUUUGAGACAGUCGUUUACGCCUGAGUAGUUGGAACAGGGUGGUAUUUAUAACUAGGAUGAUUUUAGAAACCUUGAAAUGUAUUUUUCACUUUGAUGGCAACCUAGAUUCCUUUGUCAUGACAGAAUGUGCUUUACAUGUGUGUACUAUCUGUCAUCUAUGACACUAACCGUCGUGUUUUGGUGUUGGCGCCGCAGUUCCUGCCUUGAUUCUGGUCCUGCACUCACACAUCGAGCUGUGUGAACUCGAUUUUAAAGCUGUUCACUUCUGAUGAAAAGCUCUAAUCUAUGCAGUUGGUGACGUUGCAGUUUUUGGUGUCGAAAUGUGUUGAAAUCGUCCCAGAAUUUUCACCUUUCUUGGUUCAGGCUUCACCAUUGUUUGUUUUUCACGUCGCCAUGUUUGCAGAAAAAUGCUGUGGAGCUGUUUUAAAAAUACACACUGACAAGAGCGUGACAACUGACAGCUCUUUCUUUCAUCAAGGCUGAGCGAUCUUUGUUCAGACUUUCUGCGUCAGUGCCUCGUGAAGUGUUCUGGAAUCAGGCCCUGCUUUAAAGAGACCAGGAAAACUAUCAGAAUGGAUAAGAGUCUAACUAAUAUAUAAAAAAGAAACAACUGCAAGAAAGUGAGCUAAAAAAUAUUCAGACUGACGAUGAGUGUGUUACAUAAAACGUUGCCUUUAGACAAUCAUCAUUUGCUGUAUUUCUCCCACGAGUUGGUAACACACCCAGGUGAGUACAGACAAUCAUGCUCUUCACGGUGAUUCAUGGGUGAACAAUCAGAUGGUAGCCAUUGAUAGCUUGUUAUACACCUUGGUAAGUGCGUGAAACAAAGCCCUCCAGUCCAUACCAGCAAUUCUUGUCUUAUCUUUCCUCAUUGCACCAUCUAUUUAUAGGCCACAAGCACACUCAAUAAAAAUACUUUCCCUGUCGAAUAUUGAAACAGAUUUCGGUGGGUUAGGCCUCCAAACAUCAUUUCCUCCUGCUGAAGGACGGACCUUUUUCAGUACCUCCUUCAGAGUGACAACCGUAUUAUAGUUGUUGAAUAAGAUGGAUUUUUGAAGUUUCUGUUCAUCACGGCACACCUGAAAUACACUGCUUUGAACGACAUCAUAGGAAAGAAAUAGAUAUGAGGAAGAGAAUCGCGGACUUGCACUAAACUGGUUCAUCCGACAAAGGGAGCUUUAUAAUACACAUAAUGAAACCGGUCCUGGGCGCCUGCAUGGGCUGGGUCACCAGGAAGGUGAAUGGCUAUUGUCACAUUGGUAAAUACCUCACAUUUUGGAGAUGUACUGUGGUCGGGCGGAUUAAAAUUCCUGCACACUAUUGUGGUAACAUUAUUGUGGGAACAUACCCAUGUCAUUCAGUUUCAGUGCAAGACGAGGCAAACGUCUGACUGAUAAGCCUCGCUCUCAUCAUUCUGAAUGUUGGAAGUGAAUCUGACUCAUAGCACUAGAAGUGAAAUCCUGAAUUUAUUCAUUUCAUGUCAGACACCGCACAUUAAGGCUACACCAAUUGUAUGGCUUUUUAUGGCAUUGUAAGAUGUUUAUCACAUGGAGGAUUGAAAUGAAAGAAAAUGAGCCGGCAGUCAAAUAAGAUCAUGUUCAGAGUUUUAUUGCAAGGGUUUGAUCACAGCCUAGUUCAUAAGUGUGACAGUUAUAAUGCAUAAGAAGAAGGCUUUUGACUGACGUGCAGAGGUCGUGGAGACACACCGGAAGCACACCACUCUAUCAUUCCUGGUCUUCAGGGGACUGCGUAUUUAUUCGUCUACUCAGUGAGCCUGAGGACUCACUCUCAGUAUUAUUGUCUUUUCCACCAUCUGUGUUUUUGGUAUGGCUGUUAUUUAUUGCAAACUCAUUGAAAUGCUUUUUUUUUUUUUUUUCAGCAAAAUGAAAACAAUGUGAUUUGUGCACUCCUCCUAGUUUUCCUUCCUGGUGCUGUUUAAAUGUUACAAUGUCCUUAUUUAUUUAUUGUUCUGUUGAUGAAACACGCUUUUUGGAAGAAGAACUUCAAUCACCAAAUGACUUCAGGUCCUGUUACUGGCGUCAUGAAUGUACUCUGAAGGCCAUGUAAUAUGCUACUUUGCCCUGAUUUCUUACUCAUUCUUGAUGCCGCUGUGCUUGGCCCUUGUGAAUUUUCAUGUCGUUAAAAGCGCUGUAGAACCCUUGUGAUGAACCUUUCAACCUUCAGUGAAUGUGUAUUUAAAAGCUGUGGCAGUUGGUGUGCAGGGAAUAUGAACAUUCUCAGUUGUCAUCUCAAUAAAAGCCCUUUGCAAUGGGUUUCACGCAACUGGAUUCAUGGUGUCACAAGUUAUUCACUGUUUUCUCUCAGUUCCCAUCUUCUUCCUCUCCCUCCUCCUCCUCCUCCUCCUCCUCCUCCUCCUCCUCGUCCUCCACCUCAUCCUCAUCCUCCUCCUCCUCCCACUGCUCCUCUCCUCUUUUUUCAGAAGCAAAAUGUUGUUUGGUAUGUUGCUCCUGCUGCUGCACCUGCAGUGGGGGGAUCACCACACACCUCUUUCUGGCCAGGGAGAGAGCUAUGCCCUUCUCAUAAUAUGCACAUUCAUUGAUGAAGAAGGGAUAAAGAGAUUCAGUCCCUUUGUAGCUCAGGGUUUCACCUGAGAAGGCCUGGAAGAGGGGGUCGUCAGGCUUCAGGAGGCAAAAGUCCCGGUCCUGCCAGAGAGACACAAUGAUGGGCAAUUCAUCAUCACACUGGGACUUCUGUCAAGGGCUGACGGUUCAGAUAUACACACAUAGUCUGCGGGAAUCAAAGUGAAAAUAUUACUCCUCUUCCAUUCCGUCACACUGCCCAUGAACCUCAUAAGCCGAGUGCCUCCAGGUCCAACAUUCUGCAUCCAACAUGUCCCCUGUCUCACCUCUCCACAUGCCCAGACCCUCUGUGUCUGGCCUUCCUAACUUCUGUCUCCAAACCUCUACGUGAGCUGUUCCUCUGAUAUGCCUAAUCUUGUCCUUCCUAGUUGCUCCUAAAGCAACUGGAAAACACAGUUACCGAGUACUACAAGUGCAGCCCAGAAUUCACGUGUCAGUCACAAUUGAAUAUUUGUAUUUUUUUAUUUUUUAUUUGCAAACAUGAAUUCAUAACUUGCUUUAUGUUGUGAUGUUGUAGUUGAGACCACCUAACAUUCCAAGACCAAGACUUUGAGGGGGUGAGACCCAGUCCAAGAAAAAGACUAACCUGACCACACGUCUGUUUGCCAAUGUAAGUUCAUUGGAACACCACCAAAACAGAAUCUGCAUUUCCCUCCAGAACUGAUGGUUUUAUUGAACCAUAUUUGUCUGUUUUACAGGCCCCUAAUUCACUGCCUGCAUGACUGUCAGAGGUCAUUAUUGAUGACGGUGAUGUUGCAUUUUGAGCCAGCUUGUCAGUCAAUGAAUGGUUGCGAAAACAAAGGAAAUAAUUUGU